AUGAAACCUUAAUCCAUAUUUUAUGAAAAUUAUAAUUUUUAUUUGUUUGUUAAUUUAACGAUGUCGAAAUGGCUAGAUUUGAGUCUGACAUACAACUAGAUCAAUUUUAAGUGUUAACAACCAAAAUCACGUAUAUUUUGUUCUAAUAGAAUAUAAAAGGCAGUCCCAUGAACAGUGUUUUUGAGAUAGAAGGAAAGAAAUUAUAUUUGGGAAAUAUUAAUGCAGCAAACGAUUCUUAAUAUCUAAAGCAUCAUAAUGUUGGAGCAGUAUUAUCUAUAAUUGACACAAGUGAUAUUAAACUCGACAGAUCAAUCAUUCAUCUAGUACAAAAAUUAAUAUUUCAAUAGUGGAUUGCAGCUGAGGACAGAGAAGAUGUUUAAAUAACUAGGUAUUUUGAAUAGGCUGCCAACUUUAUUAAAGAUCACUUAUAACAUACUAACGUUCUAGUUCAUUGUUAUGCUGGAAUAUCUAGGUCUAGUUCUUUGAUAAUUGCCUAUUUGAUAAGACAUGCAGGAUUUUCAUUACAAGAUGCUAUUAUUAAACUUAAAAGUUAAAGACCUCAAGUAGAUCCUAAUGAUGGAUUUAUGGAAUAACUUAAAUAGUUUGAAGUGAAAGUAAGAAACUAAAAAUAAUGUAAAAGUGAAAAUGGUGCUAAAAAUGUUAGUAAAUUCUUAAAUAUAAGCACCAGUAUUGAAAAAAGUUCUAUUAAUUGUCAAUAGAGCAACAAAAGCAUAUAGAAUUAUAACAUCUAUAGCAGACUGAACUCGAUAACUAAUAUUAAAGAAAAACAAUAACAUGUCUAAAAUCUGACAAUCCAGAAAUCAAAGACUUCGUUUUUAGAUAAAACUUGUAGUCCAACUAAUUUAAGUACAACUAAUAAAAAUGGGAAAUCAUUCAUUUUGAACAACCUUCAUGAAGAUCCCUUAAAAUAAUAUUAGAAAAUCAAAAACUCUUAAAACCUAUUAAAUUAAUAGAUACUGGGAAUGAAAAACAUUUAUAGCCAGCAUGGAAGAUUUCACUCUAUGAACAAUUGA